CGCUACAGAGGAGAGGAUUCCGUUAGGCAAAUUAGGAAAGCAGAAGGGGCGUGGAGUCAAUGUGCUUGGCCAUCAUGAUCCAUCCAAAUCAUGCAUUGUUCCAGAAUUUUGUUUCCCCAUCACCAUCUCACGGUUGUGUUCAUUAACUAAUUCUCCACUCCCUUUGUUCGGCAGCGUCAAAUGCUGUGCACACCCACGGAUCUCGGACGCACCUCCGAAACCCCAAAUUUCCAUUCAAAGAGAACGCCUGUUUUUUCAGAGGUUUCUGGAUGCGACUGAUCACAUCCUAGGCACUAACUAAUGGCAAAUGAUUUUGCAAAGCAGCCCUUGCUCCCAGCGUUAGUGGAUCCCCCCCAUCAACCGCUGAAAAAUGUGACAGCAAAGAAGAAAAGAUUCCGCCGUUGUAGAACUACUCCUCCUGAAGACUUCACACCAGAGUCAAUCAAACAUGGUGCCUCGUUUCCAGAUUUGAAGUUCAUUUUCAGUAAUUUCCGUCCAAACUUUAAACAGGUAUCUUUAUUCUUAGUCGUCUACUUGGGAGCAGGUUGUGUCUGCUUCUAUCUUGUGAAGGAUCAGAUCAAGGGUGAGAAAACCAAUGGCAUUCUUGAUGCCUUAUAUUUCUGUAUUGUGACUAUGACCACAGUUGGCUAUGGGGACCUGGUUCCUAACAGUGUCACUACUAAACUUCUUGCUUGUGCUUUUGUGUUUACUGGCAUGGCAAUUGGUGCACUCUUCUUAAGUAGAGCGGCUGAUUACCUUGUUGAGAAGCAAGAAGUAUUGAUAAUUAAAGCACUACACAUGCGUUGUAAGCAUGGUCAGGCGCAUACACUAAAGGAGAUUGAGACAAAAAGAGUGAAGUACAAGUUUUACACAACUACGUUGCUUCUUGCAGUUAUCAUGCUUAUUGGUACUAUCUUUCUGUUGAAGGUUGAGAAGCUAAACCUUGUUGAUGCCUUCUAUUGUGUCUGUUCCACUAUCACAACAUUGGGUUAUGGGGAUAAGAGUUUCUCAACUAAGGGGGGUCGUGUUUUUGCUGUGUUCUGGAUAAUAACUGGUACAAUUUGUUUAGCUCAGUUCUUUCUCUACCUUGCUGAGUUAAACACAGAGAAUAGACAGAAACUGCUGGCAAAAUGGGUGCUUACACGCAGAAUGACAUUCAUGGAUCUUGAAGCAGCAGAUCUGGAUGAUGAUGGGGCGGUGGGUGCUGCUGAGUUUAUAAUAUAUAAGCUCAAAGAGAUGGGGAAGAUAACUCAAGAGGAUAUAGCACUCGUGAUGGAGGAGUUUGAGGAGCUUGAUGUUGAUCAAUCAGGUACAAUAUCAAACUCCGAUCUGAUUAUCGCUCAAUCCACUCGAUGAAAAGUUGCCAUGAAUGUCUCUGACUGAUAAUACUAUUUCUGCUAUUUGGAGUAUAACUGCUUCAUGGUUGCACCCGAAGCUGUAUCACAACUGAUUUUGUGAAUUUUGCCAUCCCUGUGGAUGUAACUUGAGUUUCUUUUGUAGUUUAUGAAUCUUAUAAUUAAUCUGGCCCGUUACAAGUGCUAGUUUUUCUGCCUUUUCCUUC